ACCUCACCCGCUUGCAUUCUAUCCUCUCGCUUAUCUUCAAACUCUCCAUUCUCCAAUGGCUUCGCUCAUUCUGGGAACCACUUCCAUGGCUUCCUGCGCAUUUUCUCUCUCCUUCUCUCAAUCUCACUCCGUCGCCGGCGUUUCUCUCUCCUCUCCUCCCACUUUAUCUCUCUCUACUUCCGUCGCCUCCACUUCUCCAGCACUCCCACUCAUUUACUGCGGCAGAGGUGAUAAGAAGACCGCUAAAGGCAAACGUUUCAAUCACUCCUUUGGAAAUGCGCGACCUAGGAACAAGAACAAGGGAAGAGGUCCUCCUAAAGCUCCAAUCUUUCCUAAGGAGGAUCCAUCUGAAAAUCCAGUCAAGAAGGAUUGAUGAUGAUUAGUUUAUGUUGCUUCUGAAUAGAAUUCUUCUUGAGGUAAUCCUUUCCCCCAUCCCCACCUGUAUGUUAGAAUCCAGGAUGAUACUUGAGUUGUCAAUGUAAUUGUUGUUUACUUUUCUAUGAUUUUUAGCUCUUGUCACAAUGUAAACCUUAUUGGUUUGGAAGAAAUUGUGUUUUUUGCUCA